AUGGCUACUACCCUAGUUAAGACAUAUAUCACGGAGUCCCACAUCUUGCUGGCGAAGGACAAAGAAAAUGUUCAGGCGGCCGACCGGCCAGGGCAGCCCAAAGCCCAAGGUCCCUCUCAAGCCACUCAAAUCAGCUUACAACGCCAUGACCGCAUCGUCAGCCGUCUGGCUGCCGAGGUACAACUUUUCGCCGAGCGUGGCGAAAGGUUCCGUAUCAGCCACGGUUCCAGCAACUCGACACGCCCUACACACACGGGGAACCUGCUCGAUAUCAGUCCCCUGAACAACGUUCUGCUCGUCUCAAAAGACCACUCGGACAUUGGGCUCGACAGCUGGUGCCUCGUUGAGCCCAACGUCCCCAUGGACAAGUUGGUUGAGGCCACCCUGCCGCAUGGACUCGUUCCCCCGGUUGUCAUGGAGUUUCCCGGCAUCACAGUUGGGGGAGGCUUCUCCGGGACUUCGGGGGAGAGCAGCUCUUUCCGCCACGGCUUCUUCAGUGACAAUGUCCAUGAAGUGGAGAUGAUAUUGGGAGAUGGCCAGGUGGUCAAAGCCUCCAAUGAGAAUCACCAGGAUCUGUUCCGUGCUGCCGCUGGCGCCCUAGGCACUCUCGGAAUCGUGACGGCCUUGAAAGUGCGACUGGUGCCGGCCAAACGGUUCGUCCACGUUCGCUACUCCCGCCUCGGCAGCUUCCCGGACGCCAUCAGUGACCUCCACAAGAUGAAGUCCGGCUCUUUCGAGUAUCUCGAUGCUAUUCUGUACUCUAAGCAACACGGCGUGGCGAUAACGGGCAACCUUGUUGACGAGGAGAUGGUGCCAGGGGGCACUCGCAUCAAAACUUUCAGCAACGCCGCCGACGAUUGGUUCUACCGACAUGUCCGCGAAAAGACAAGCCAGCUAGCCCCGGGCAGUGAGGCCGAGGACUACGUCCCGCUCGCUGAGUUUCUGUUCCGCUACGACCGUGGCGGCUUCUGGGUGGGCGAGAUGGGCUACGACUACUUUCACAACAUCAUCCCCUUCAACGGCUUCAUGCGGUGGCUGCUAGACGACUUUUCGCACACCCGCACGCUGUACCACGCCCUCCACGCCACGGGCGUCACUCGCGAGCUGGUCAUACAGGAUGUUACGGUGCCGUGGGACAAUGCGACAGAGCUCAUCGACCACAUCAGCGACGACCUCGAAAUCUGGCCACUAUGGCUGUGCCCCCUGGCCAAGGCUCAGAUGCCAACGUUCCACCCCAUGACGACAUCGUCGGUGGCAAAGCCUGGACCCUCAACCUCGGACGAGAUGCUCAGCAUUGGCCUCUGGGGUUGGGGACCCAAGAAGCCAGGUGAAUUCGUGGCAAAGAACCGCGACCUGGAGGCAAAGCUGGAAGAACUCCGCGGCCGCAAGUGGCUGUACGCGCACAUGUUCCACACCGAGGAAGAAUUCUGGAGGCUUUAUAACCGCGAGUGGUACGAGGGUCUGAGGGAAAAGUACCACGCAACCAAUUUGGUGAACAUAUAUGACAAGAUUAGGAGGGGUGGAGGUGGGACAAAGAAUUGGGCGCAGACAAUAAGGGAGAUGUGGCCGGUGGGUGGACUGUGUGGCAUGUGGAGGGCGGUGCGAUCAGGGGAUAUUAGUUUGCAUCGUAAUGCAAAGUGGAAGUGGCUUGGUGCCAGUUGA